AUGGACGACGAGCUCCUGUCUAACUUAUCCCCGGCCGAUCCCGGAGACGCCGAGGCCCUGAGCCCCAACUCCACCGAGGAGCCCGGCGGGGAGACGGUCCACUUCGCCGUGCGCUGCGUCAUGACCUCGGUGUACAUCCUGAUCAUCACCGUGGGUCUGCUGGGCAACAUCACCCUGGUGAAGAUCUUCAUCACCAACAGCGCCAUGCGGAGCGUGCCCAACAUCUUCAUCUCCAGCCUGGCGGCGGGAGACCUGCUGCUGCUGGUCACCUGCGUGCCGGUGGACGCCUUCCGCUUCUUCUCCGAGGAGUGGGUGUUCGGCGAGGCGGCGUGCAAACUCAUCCCGGUCAUCCAGCUCACCUCGGUCGGCGUGUCGGUGUUCACGCUCACGGCGCUCAGCGCAGACAGGUAUAAGGCCAUAGUGAACCCGAUGGACAUCCAGACAUCUAGCGCUGUCUUCUGGACGUGUCUGAAAGCUGUUUCUAUCUGGCUUCUGUCUGUCCUGCUGGCCGUCCCCGAGGCCAUUUUCUCACAAGUCGUCUCCAUGCAGGGUCACAGGGAGAACUCUAACAUCACCUUUGUGAACUGUGUACCGUACCCGAUGUCCAAUCAGAUGCAUCCAAAGAUCCACUCAGUGAUGAUCUUCUUGGUUUACUUCCUGAUCCCUCUUGCUAUCAUCUCUGUGUAUUAUUACCACAUCGCCCGCACACUCAUCAAGAGCGCCCACGACAUGCCGGGGGAGGUCAGCGAACACACCAAGAGACAGAUGGAGACGAGGAAGCGCCUGGCCAAGAUCGUGCUGGUGUUUGUGGGUCUGUUCGCCCUCUGCUGGUUCCCCAACCAUGUGCUCUACAUGUACCGCUCCUUCCACUACCACGAGAUGGAUCUGUCACUGGCCCACCUUGUCAUCACCCUGCUGGCCAGAGUCCUCAGCUUCUCCUCCUCCUGCGUCAACCCCUUUGCCCUCUACAUGCUCAGCGAGAGCUUCCGCAGGCACUUCAACAGUCAGCUGCGAUGUGGUAGAGGUCCACGCCCCGAGCGCCAGGCCAGCUACCUGCACAGCACCUCCCACAUCCGCCUCACCUCCAUCAAGAAGACCAUGCCCACCGCCGCCAUCAUCGCUCCAGCAGCCAAUGGCAACUCCAACAGACAAGAAGUGGCUCUGUGAGGCAGGGAGGCUGGGAGUCAGUGAUUUACAGCUUCAUCUCAUCCCAGGAGCUCUGUGAACAUAGGACUCCCGCAGCUACAAGACCAGGAGAGGUAUUUUGGUGCAAAGUGUAGUCUGUGUGGAUGGGUAGAGGAAACUCUACAGGCCUUGUACCAGGUGAAUGAUUGUACCAGUUGCUCCUGACACUUCAUCAUCUGCAUCCUCAACUUGGCAACGAAACAAGAAGUGCCUCUUGGAAAUACAAGGUCAGAAGUCAAAGGGAAGCUAAAACCUUAUCAAACUGAAAAUUACUUUACUUUUCUACAGCCACAACUCUCCAGAUUUACCAACAUAUGUUUGAUAAAUGUAGACAUCUUACUUCAUAUGUUGGGAGACGUAAAACUUGCAAGGGAAGGUCUAACAAACCACAAGUCCAAGACGGGAGAGGACAGACGGUCUUAGCAUGUCUGCUGUGAAAGCUUGUUCCUCUGUGCUAAGUUGCUGGAAUGUUCAUCAUCGAUUGAUUUAAAAAGCCAUUUUCAUCUACAGUAUUUGGUGACACUCUAUUGAUCCACUGAGAGGCGGGACUUUGCCUGCCUUCUUGUCUGCUGCCUCAUGAUAAGGAGGAUCAGAUACAGAGCAACAUCCCCAGAGACAUGGGCGAGGAUUUGAUGAAUUCUUGGCUCCAC